UCUUUGAUUCGUCAUUUAACGGAAGAAUAACGUUUUCUUGUAGACCGUUACUAUAAGAGGAUGACUUUCGAGGUUUGUGGAGCAGAUGAUGCUGUUGCUAGGGGUAAGACUAAUUUACUUGGAAAGAGGUCUAAGAAGACCACAAGUCAUGUUGCAAAAUCUCGAGUUCCUGCUAAGGAACAUGAAGCUGGUGGCUCUCUGUUGCUAACUGAUGGUGUGGUUGCGGCUUCUCCACUGAGGGGUGACAACGUGUUGUCUAUUGAGGAGAGUAUGAUCAACCUGUCCAUCUCUUCUAAUAUUUCAGCUUACUCUGACCCUGCUUCUAUCAAAGGUCAUGUUAAGGCUCUUCUCCAUUCGAGAGAUGAAGAGCGUUUGAGGGGCAUCAGAGUUGCGGGGCGAGUGAAUUAUGGUGUUUCUACGAUUUACCAAGCUAUUCAAGCAGUCCUCUACAACAAUUUCUCUUCAUCAUAAGAACAUGCUUUGAACAAGGAGCAGUCUAGACUUAGCAAGGAAGUGGAGAACUUGAAACUGGAAGGAGAGACUACCAAAUCAUCAUAUGACAAGCUCAAACUGGAUUAUUCCUCGUUGAACACUGAGUUGGAGCGUGUGCAUGCCAGACUCAAGGAGUAGGACGCUAAUUAUGUCGCAUUGUACCAGGAGGUUGAUGAUAUUUCGCUCAAGACUGCCAUCAAGACAAGGGGGAGUUGAUGAUACAGUAUAAGAAAGGGCUCCAUCGUGGAUGGGAUGUCGAUGGUGCUAUUGCACUUCAUGAAGAAUAUUUAGCUCUUGAGCAAGAGAAUGAGAUGGAUGUUGACGCUCAUAUCUCUAUGUCUGGUGUGAGCGUCGAUGCUCAUACCUCUGUCCCUGGUAUGGGUGUCGAUGCUCAUACUUCUAAUUCUGGCGGGUGUGGCAUUGACGAUGUGAUGUUCUCCAUUGCUAAAUAUGGUACCAUUGCUCCAUAGUGGGUCUUUUUAAGUUUAUCCCUUUUGUUUACAAGUGACAAUUGAUUUAAACUCUUAAGUCUUUUUUGUUUAAAGCAUGAACAUCGCCAUAGUGGUAUUGAGUAUGUAUGCUUAACGAUCCUUUUGAUGUGCGGACAUCCUCUUAGCAAUUUCCCUUUUGAAUUUUAUGACGCUUUGAUGUAUGAACGUUGCCUUUGCGGUGGUAUGACUUAUUAUCUUAAUUUGGUAUUAAUAUUCUUCA